AUGACCGCCCCUCCCCUCUCCUUCGUGGCCCCUCGCCCCUCCACCACAGUGGCCCCUCCCCCGGCCCCGCCCCCCUGCAGCCUGGACGAGUCGUACAAAUACGUGUUUUUGCCCGUGUGCUACUCGCUGACGCUGCUGUUCUCCGUGUCGCUGAACUCGGUGGUGCUGGUGCGCGCGUGUCGCUCUCGCCGCCGCUGGACCACAUCGCUGAUUUACAUGGUGAACCUGGCAACCACAGACCUGAUGUAUGGCCUGUCGCUGCCCUUCCUUGUGCACAGCUACGCGCUGCGUGACCGCUGGGUGUUUGGUGACUUCACCUGCCGCCUGGUGCGCUUCCUCUUCUACUUCAACCUCUACUGCUCCAUCUUCUUCCUCACCUGCAUCUCCGUGCACAGGUACCUGGGCAUCUGCCACCCCAUGCGCACCGUGUCUCUGCAGAGUAAGCGUGCGGUCCGCCUCGUGUGCGCCCUCGUGUGGCUGCUGGUGUUCGCUCUCACGUGUCCCAUCUUCCGUUUCGCUCAGACCGGCCUAGUGUCUCGGUCCAAACCCUUGGACCAGAAUCAGGGCCAGAACCGGGACCCGGACUCAGACCUGUCCUGGGACCAGACCACAAACUCCUCUGCGUACGUGAACUGCUGGGACGACGCCAUCGAUCGCGAGCUUGACCACUACAUCCCGUACGGCGUCGCUCUGCAUCUGAUUGGAUUCUUCAUCCCCUUUGUGGUCAUCGCCUGGUGCUACUCACAGGUGGUGCGCACCAUCGUCCACACCCUGCGCUCCUCUUCUUCUUCAGCAGCUGACGAUGUGCAGGCGGCUGAUGCCGCAGAGCGCGCGUCGCGUGCGUCUCUGUCCGUGGCCGACUCGCAGUACUCGCACUACGCUCGACGCCGCAGGAAGUCUGUGCGCACCAUCGUCACCAUCACGCUGCUGUUCGCGCUCUGCUUCCUGCCGUUCCACGUGACGCGCACGCUGUUCCUGCUGCUGCGGCGUGCACACUCAGCAGACUGCGGCCUGGUGCAGAUCGUGUCCGUGUGCUACAAGCUGACGCGCCCACUCGCCUCCUGCAACGCCUGGCUCAACGCGCUGCUCUACUUCCUGACUGGAGACACGGGCGGCCCCUGCUGCGUGGGAGGCAGGUCUGCGCCGGCUGAUGGCGCCCUCUGGUGGCCACUGAACAAACUGAAGAAGGACGCGGUGGAGGAGGAGAACGAGGACAAGAUGGAGGCGCAGGUGCACGAGGAGUCCAAGACCUCCAGGGUCAUUUUCUGA